AUGGACUCGACCAACCAGAUCCACCCCCGCCGCCGGCCUCAAAAGGUGUCUGGCUCCGCCAUGGCCCCUCCCUCUCUCACCACCUCCAACCUGCGCAAGUCUGGUACUUUCCACUCGCCCACCCAAGUGUCCAGCGACCUCGUCGACCCGCUCGCGCCCUGCUUCUCCAUGCCCAGGCGCUCCGAGACCAAUCCGCAGGCCCUCGAGCAGAUCCUCAUUGACGCCGGCGAGAAGAGGAUCUCGGACCUGCUCACCUCCUUCGACAACGUCAUUGCCGGCAAGACGUCGUCGGAUGCCAGCAUCCUGGCCGACAGCAGGGUCCUUCCUGUCCCCAGCUUCAUGCUGGACAACCACGCUCCUGUCGCCGACCCGGACAUGAUGGAGCUGGACACCAAGCCCAAGCUGGAAGUGGUUGACCACCACCACGCCUCCGACAGCGGUCUGGGUUCUUCUGUCAGCGGCUCCGUCUACGGUACCUCACCCGCCGCCCUCCCCUCGCCUGCCGCGACUGACAAGUAUAAAGACGCUCACUCUGCCCGUCGCUCGGUGCGCUCCUCUGCCACCACCACCACUCGCUCGGCAGUGACCAAGUCUUACUCGGGCCUCUCCGUCAGCGCCGAAAAGAUCCGCGGCCUGAGCGAGUCCGCCUCCAAGCACAUCCAGAGGCGCAUCGUCCGGCCCAUCCUCCAGGAGGCCGCCCUCAAGGAGUUCCACCCGCUCAUCAAGGACGUGCCCCGUCGCAUUGGUGCCAAGGAGAUCACCAACCUGCGCGAUCUCGAGAAGACGCUCAUCUUCCUCGCUCCCGAAUACGCCGUCUCGCCAGCCAACUAUCAACGAUUCUGCGAAACAAGCGUCACCUUUAUCGCCAACACCGUCGGCUACCUCUGCGAGGCCGACCAGCGCCUGCCAACCGACCGCCCUUACACUAACAACUACUUUCUCGAUCUCGUCGAGCAGAUUCGCCGCUACGCCGCAAUCAUGGCUGCCACCCGGGAAAAGGAGGCCUCUGGAGAGGCGCUGGACGAGAUGGACUACCACCCAGACGAGAAGGUCACCCUCAGGGGUGGCUUGAGCCACAACGGCAAGCCCGCCGAGCUCGUGCGUGAGAGAAACGGCAAGGUGAUCCCCAUUGCCACCGAGGCCGAGGGAUCGGCACUGAACGCAGCGUUCAAGCGCCCGCUGGAUGUGGAUGAGGACGACGAGGAUGAGGACAGCGUUCACCGUUCGAUGGCCCGCCGGCGCAAGUCUGACCGUCCUGGCGACGUCAUGCACAGGUGUGCCGACUGCAAGAAGGAGUUCAAGCGUCCCUGCGACUUGACCAAGCACGAGAAGACUCACUCUCGGCCGUGGAAGUGCACCGAGGCCAAGUGCAAGUACCACGACCUCGGCUGGCCGACCGAGAAAGAGCGCGACCGCCACGUGAACGACAAGCACACUGCGGCCCCGCCCCAGUACAAGUGCUUGUUCUCUCCGUGCGCUUACGCCUCCAAGCGCGAGUCCAACUGCAAGCAGCACAUGGAGAAGGCUCACGGCUGGACCUACGUGCGAUCCAAGGCGAACGGCAAGGGUGUAAAGAAGCCCUCGGCCAGCUCCACCUCUCUUACUCCUUCUACUCCUCUUACUCCAUUCAUCAACACGCCUGCUUCGGCUCCGAUGCACCAAAUGAACACGCCUGUGACUCCGUUUGACAACUCGCCCGCCAUGCCUCCGUCUUCGUAUGGUGGUGGCGACUUUGAGUUUGACAACAACAACUUCAGUUACAACGGCAACCUGCCGAUGCUGAACACCGACUUCCAGCCGGACUGGCGCCGCGAGUCCAUCACGACGGCCGGCACUUCAAUGACCGGCUCGUCCUCUCACUCUCCCGCGCAACCCACGUCUUUCGAGGAGGCCAUCACGACUCCUGACACCGACUUCAACCACUCUGCGGACAGCUUGCUCUUCGACCAGAACUUCAACUUCAACUCCAACCUGCAGCAACCAACGCCUGCUCUCAGCAACGAUGACAACAUCUUCGCUGACCACUUCCCUCCGUUGUCGAUGAACAGCCAGGGCCUCAACCUUGCAGGCUUUGGUUCGGCUGACAGCACGCACUUGUCUCCCGGCGCCCAGCCUGACUUGACGCUGUUCAGCCCGAUGACCACCAACAAUAACAACAUGCACAUUGACGAGGGCUUUGGCGACGACUUCCUCCCGUCUGGGGACUUCACGCUCUUUGACUCGAUCGGCAAUGCCUCGGCCAACAGCAAUGGCGAGGGAAGCAGCAAGUGGUUCCAGGACCUGUCGAACUUUGGCGGUCAGUUCGACAACGUCUUCUGCCAGCCUGAGUCGUUCAACGACAUGGCCGCAUACGAUUUCCAGUAA